UUGGAGGCAUGGGGACGGGCGGGCGCAGGGGGACGCGGUCCGGGAAGGGCACCGAGAGCGCGGCGAUGGCUGCCUCCCCUUGCCUGUACCGUUGUAUCGAGUGCAACCGGGAGGCCCGGGAGCUGUACCGGGACUACAGCCACGGCGUACUCAAGAUAACCAUCUGUAAAUCUUGCCAGAAGCCAGUAGACAAAUACAUUGAGUAUGAUCCUGUUAUUAUCUUGAUUAAUGCCAUUUUGUGCAAAGCUCAGGCCUAUAGGCAUAUUCUUUUCAACACUAAAAUAAAUAUCCAUGGGAAACUCUGCAUGUUUUGUUUGCUUUGUGAAGCACACCUGAGGUGGUGGCAGCUCCAAGACUCAAGCCAGAGCACAGCCCCUGAUGACUUGAUCCGCUAUGCCAAGGAGUGGGAUUUCUACAGGAUGUUUGUGAUCGCUGCUUUCGAACAAGCUGCCUUUUUUGCUGGCAUUUUUGCUUUCCUGUGGGUAGAGCAACCCAUGACAGCAAAAAAGAAACCCAACUUCGUUCUGCUCCUGAAAGCACUGCUGUUGUCCAGCUAUGGGAAGCUCCUGCUCAUCCCGGCCGUCAUCUGGGAACAUGACUACACCCCCUUGUGCCUCAAGCUCAUCAAAGUGUUUGUCCUGACAUCGAAUUUCCAGGCCAUCAGAGAUUUACUCUUCACUCUGUGGGGACAGCUACCUCAGGAGAAGGCACGAGAGAAACCAAGGUCGCCUCUUUCUGUGAGUGGAGUGAAAUCAAGCCUGGGGAUUCCUGAACAAACUCAGACGCCCCCAGGAAGCUCUGAGCCACCUAGACUCCAGGCUAAGAGCCCUGCAGUGACACACGGGCAGGUCCCGUGGUUCCCAGUAAGGAACGGUUGCAGCUCGAUUCCUUUGACAUGUUUGUGUCCUUAAAUCUAAGUAUUACAUUGCUGUCUUAAAAAUUGUAUUUUGUGUUCUUCUGACGGAAGCACUUUUCUCUUAAGUAGUCUUUCAAAAUAAAUCAUUUUAUACAUUUCUGAUUCAGUAA